CCGUCUCGUUGUUCUAUUUAUAAAUUGAUUUGCUUAUAUUUCUUGUAAGCUGCAGCCACGCAUCCAGCCCCCGGACAUUGCAACGAAAAGCGAUAAACAACAAUAAAACGAUUUAAAUUAUAUGUGAAACGUUUAUGAAAACUCACAACUGCUUCAAUAAACAGAAAUCUCAAAGACUUUAAUUAAAAACAUGAUACAACAUAUUUUGGCGAAGUAAUUGAUUAACAUAGUUUGCUUGCAUAAUUUAUAAGCCAGACAAGAGUAAAUAAAAUCGAAAUCCAUUCAUCGGCCAAAAUGUUAAACUGUUUUGAAGCGCUUUUUGUGAUUUUGUGUGUGGGCCUGGGAUGUCUACUUUUUACAACUCAGGCUCUGAGCACCGAUACCGGAAGUGAUGGCAGUGCCGGCAGCAUCGGCGGAUCAACCCUGAAUAAUGUCAUCAGCGAAGAUCCCGAGUUCACAGAUGUCAUAGAGAACAUAACAGUGCCUGCUGGGCGAAAUGUCAAGCUGGCUUGUUCGGUCAAGAACCUGGGCUCCUACAAGGUGGCGUGGAUGCAUUUCGAGCAAUCGGCCAUUCUCACCGUGCACAAUCAUGUGAUAACGCGUAAUCCGAGGAUAAGUGUCACCCACGAUAAGCACGACAAGCACCGCACCUGGUUCCUGCACAUCAACAAUGUCCAGGAGGAGGACAAGGGCAGAUACAUGUGCCAGAUCAAUACGGUGACGGCCAAGACCCAAUAUGGCUUCGUCAAAGUGGUUGUGCCACCCAACAUAGACGACGCCCUGACCUCCAGUGACGUCAUAGUGCGCGAGGGCGAUAACGUGACGCUGCGCUGCAAGGCGAAAGGCAGCCCAGAGCCAAGCAUCAAGUGGAAGCGGGAUGACGGUAACAAAAUAGUAAUCAACAAGACACUCGAGGUGAGUGACUUGGAGACGGACUCGCUUGAAUUGGAGCGGAUCUCGCGUUUGCACAUGGGUGCCUACUUGUGCAUAGCCUCGAACGGAGUUCCUCCCAGCGUGUCCAAGCGCAUCAAAGUCAGCGUAGACUUCUCGCCGAUGGUCUGGAUCCCGCAUCAACUGGUCGGCAUACCCAUGGGAUUCAACAUCACCCUGGAGUGUUUCAUCGAGGCAAACCCCACCUCGCUCAACUAUUGGACCCGCGAAAAUGAGCAAAUGAUCACUGAGUCAUCGAAGUACAAGACCGAAACGAUUCCGGGCCAUCCGUCGUACAAGGCGACCAUGCGACUGACCAUUAUCAACGUGGAGAGCAGCGACUAUGGGAACUACAAGUGUGUCGCCAAAAAUCCUCGGGGCGACACGGACGGCAACAUAAAGCUCUACAUGUCAAGUCCGCCGACCACACAACCGCCGCCCACAACCACAACGCUGCGGCGUACAACAACGACGACAACGGCAAACACGCUGGAUGGCUACCACAAUACCCCGCUGAACGGGAUCGGCGGCGACGGGCCAACAAAUUCGGUGAUUGUGAUUGACAAAUCGGGCAACAAAUAUCAAUCGAACCUGAACGACAUUGGCAAGUCGGAGCAGAAGCUGACGGGCAACAGUCCCAAGGGCUACGACUGGUCCAAGGACAAGGGCAGCGGGAGCCGGAGCCUCCCCUUGCGCCCUACUGCUGGCUCCUUGCGCUCUGUGCGCUGCUGGGUACGCACUGGCGGGCUUAGAGGACUACGGACACACACAUAGAAAUCGUAUUAAUAAAGUGCCAUUAAAAACAAAUCGAAAUUAAAAGUGAACAACGCACCCGAAAAGCCGAAAAAAUGAACUGUAGCGGAGCGGAUGAUAAACCAUAAAAACUAUGUACUUAAUUAAGCAAAUGGUUGCGCUAACGAAGUCAUGCUUUGGUUUACCCUUUUGCUAGACAUAAAUAUUGGAUUUUGUUUGGCGCAAUAGCCCGCUGCGUGCGGGUGUUAUUCAAAAAUGUGUUGGCCAAACAAAGGCAGUAAAUUAAUUAACCGAGUUGACUCACACCCAAGCCGACUAGGCACACCCUAUCGCAAGGUAUAGAUGGGGGCUUGCUCAUUCCCACAGAUGCAAUUUUUCAUGCAUUAUUUCCAUAUUUUCACCACUUUAGUUGCGUUCCCAAUGAUAUCAUCAUACUGGUAAAGGGUAUGCCCAGUUCGGUGCCAAAGCAACCAAAGCAACAUAUGAUUUUAGCACAGUCAGUCGUAAACACACAAAUACAUUCUGGUUAGUUAGUCGAAACAUAAAUUAAUUUAAUUGCAAAAAAGCGAAAUAAAUACACAUUUCAAAUGUUGCCAAAUUGUUAAAAUACAAAGCACAGGAUACACACACACACACACUCACGAAUUGUAAAUAAAAACGCAUACGCAUGAAUAAAACCAAAUACAAUUGUAAAUUAUGUACUCGUUAUAGGCGUCUCAGCGAUUGCCCACUUCAGCGAGGAUAGGCAGGAAGCAAUUUAUGAUAUAGGAACUCAAAGACAUAACAAAAAAAGAACCCAUAUAACAGGCACGCGAGACAGUAUUAAUCAAAAGCCAAUUAAUAAAGAGAUGAAAGCAAAUACGAAAUACAAAACACUGUUGAUAAACACCUAAGUUAGUUGGCGAGUUCGAGUGGGUUUUAAUUAUAUAUCAGUUUAUUUGAACCAAAGGUAAGCCAGCGGCCAACAUAAGUACGUUCUAAACUAUACAUAUACAAAUACAAAUAUAUUUAAAUACAUAUAUCAUAGGCCUUAGUUUGUGUUUCUAAACGAUAAGAGUGAUAAUGUACAUUUAAAGAAAUUUGUCCCCGAACGGAGCAAGCCAGCAAGCAGCC